GACCAGAAGACAUGUUGUCUGCUCGCCCCGCGGAUUCACUGGCCAGACAUUGAGCCUUCCGUUCUCGCUUCCUCGCCUGCCUCGGGCCCUCCUCUCUGUCUGGGAGAGAUGGCUGCGGACGGAGCGCGAUCCAGGUUCGGGAAUCUGGGCCACAGUGGAAGAGGAAGCAACAGCAGCAGCCCGUCUUCUAGCCCCAAGCUCGGGGGUGGCAAGAGCAGGACGCCCCCUCAGCAGCAGAAGCAGAGCCCCUCGUCACCUGGCAGCAAGCACCAGCCCCUGAGGCAAGCUCCAGCCGCUUCUCCUGGGCACAGCUUCAAGAAAGUCACUCUCACCAAGCCCACCUUCUGCCACCACUGCACGGACUUCAUCUGGGGGCUGGGCGGCUAUCAGUGUGAAGUUUGCAAUUUUAUGUCUCAUGAAAAAUGCCUAAAGCACGUGAAGACUGUCUGCAGUUGCUUGGCUCCAAGUCUAGUAAGGGUUCCAGUUUCACAUUGUUUCCGACCCCCAGGACAUUACAAAAAGAAGUUCUGCACAGUUUGUCGAAAACUUCUAGAUGACAGUCUGGCUUUAAGAUGCGAGGUUUGUGAACUCCACGUGCACACAGACUGCGUAUUAUUUACUUGCAGUAACUGCCGGCAGUGUCACCAUGAUGGCCAACAUGACCAUGACACAUAUCAUCAUCACUGGCAGGAGGGAAAUUUUUCUUCAAAUGCUCGUUGUGAAGUCUGCAAGAAAACCUGUGGUUCCUCUGAAGUACUUUCAGGCAUGAGGUGUGAGUGGUGUGGCAUUCAGACACAUGCUGCUUGUUAUGUGAUACUGAACCAAGAAUGUACAUUUGGAAGACUCCGAAAUAUGGUUCUUCCACCAAACUGUGUUGUUUUACAGUCCCGUAAUUUCAGCAAGAUGCACUGCUUUAGGAUAUCGGAGAGUCUCCAAGCUGAACAUGAUGAAGACAAUGAAACAGAUGGAACAACACAAGGAUCCACAAAGGAAAGUACUGCAUCCACGGAUUCAAGCAAACAGUGUUUGAAGAUUUAUGAUGGUCAUGAUGCAGUAAAGCGGAGUCAGCCCAGGACAAUCUCGGUUCCAAGAAUUGCAAAAAGUGAAGAAGCGGUGGAGGCCUCCUUAAGGGCGUAUUACAUUCCUGAUGAUCCACAGGAUUAUGAACUUCAGACAUUGACUCAGCAGACAUUGGACUCUGAUGACAUCAUUAACAGGAAUGGAGCUAUGGAUGAUGGCAAAGGGAGUUCUGUGUUCAAAGAGGCCACACCUGAAGCUUGGAUAAUCAGGGCAAAGCCAAAGGAGCGAGAAGUCAUUAAAGUUUAUCUUGGCUGGAUGAAAGUGGGUGUGGCUUUUAUAUCCAUUCCGGUGAAUCGGGAGAACACAGUGCAAAGCAUCAUUCAAGAAGUUCUGCUACAGCUUGGUCAUCUGAAGGAAAAUCUAGAGAAUUUCAGAUUAGUGGAAGUACUUAUGGGCAGCAAACAAGUGCAAAGAAUGGUUCUGCCAGGUGAAGAGUUGAUUCUUGACCGACUUAACGAUGUACGGAAGACCUCUAUCCGGCAAAUGAAACAAACCAGAUUUUACUUAGAAGACAGCAGAAAGCCGGAUAUUAAAGUGGAACUCUUGCUCAGUGGCUUGCCAGUGUUACUUUCUACUGAUGAAUAUACCAAUAUCUUAAAGGAAAGCCUGGAAAUAAAGGAAAAUGUGGUUACUGUCAUUCCAGUUUAUGCUCCCCAAGGUGCUGUUGUAUUGCAGAUUUCCUGUUUUUCUGAAGCAGAGCGAAUAUUUAUGCUAGUAAAAGACACUACUGUUAACGAUAAGCAGCUUACAGCUACUAUAAUUCCCCAUAUCCUGCAUGAAAAAUUACCUCAGAGUACUUGCCCUCUUCUGGUAUUUGUCAAUCCUAAGAGUGGAGGUCUCAAGGGCCGUGAUCUUCUGUACAGUUUUCGGAAACUCUUGAAUCCGCACCAAGUUUUUGAGCUAACAAAUGGAGGUCCCCUGCCUGGAUUUCAUGCAUUCUCUCAAGUUCCCUAUUUCCGAGUGCUUGUAUGUGGUGGUGAUGGUACAGUGGGUUGGGUACUUGGCGCCCUCGAGGAAAUUCGACACAAGUUGGUUUGUACAGAACCAUCUAUAGCUGUCCUGCCUCUUGGAACAGGAAAUGAUCUGGGGAGAGUACUUCGAUGGGGGGCUGGCUAUAGUGGAGAGGAUCCAUAUUCAGUCCUCAUAUCUGUGGAUGAAGCUGAAAAUGUCCUAAUGGACCGUUGGACCAUACUUCUAGAUGCACAGGAGGUUGUUGAUUCAUUGGAAAAUGGUAUAUCCGACCCUGAACCACCAAAGAUUGUGCAGAUGAACAACUAUUGUGGGAUUGGGAUUGAUGCAGAAUUAAGCUUAGAUUUCCAUCAUGCCCGUGAAAUUGAACCUGGUAAAUUCAGUAGCAGGUUCCACAACAAAGGCGUGUAUGUUAAAGCUGGAUUGCAGAAAUUAAGUCAUAAUCGUAAUCUGCAUAGAGAUAUAAAACUUAAGGUUGACCAGCAAGAAGUGGAGCUUCCAAAUAUCGAAGGACUUAUCUUUCUAAAUAUCCCCAGUUGGGGUUCCGGAGCUGAUUUGUGGGGCUCUGAUAAUGAUAAUCGAUAUGGAAAGCCAAGAAUUGAUGAUGGACUGCUUGAAGUUGUUGGGGUAACUGGAGUGGUUCACAUGGGCCAAGUUCAAGGAGGACUUCGUUCAGGUAUUCGAAUUGCUCAGGGCUCCUACUUCCGAGUGACACUUUUAAGACCUAUUCCAGUCCAAGUAGAUGGUGAGCCCUGGAUCCAGCCACCAGGACAAAUAAUUAUUUCUGCUGCUGGACCAAAGGUUCAUAUGCUAAAGAAAUCAAAGCAGAAGCAAAAGAAAACCUCACCAAGUUCCAAAGAAUCUAAAGGAGACCCUGUAACAGUCUCUAACGACAACGGCAGCUAAGAAUAAGAGUCCACACUGGAACUUCUCAGUAAAACACUGUAGUGCACACUUGAGGCAGAAGAGGACUGAAGUCCCGUAAAUGCCUUCUGUGGGAUCGUGACACAGAAUUCUACUUCCAUAGUAUACGUUCCACCAUGUAAUACAGCCGCUGCAGCUCCCAGUGACCAUUUUAGUAAAUCAGGGUUGUAGGCUUGUAUACCUAUUGUAGAUAUUAUUCCACCUUUUAUAAUGACUUAACAAGUAGCUUCUGCAUGCUACAACAUGGCUGUCAGGGUGAUUAUUUGUGGCUUAGACACUGUGCACCGGGUGAUUAUUUACCACUGUGGUUAUGCCUGAUUGUAUCAAGGAUAAAUUAUUGUAGGUUCUCUGUGAUUUCAGUGUCCAAACACUUAAAGCAAGAACUAACUAGGAAGACCUCUAAACAGACCAUUGUACUAGUAACUCACCUUAGUAAAAGGCUUGCGGACAAACAGGAAAAUCCCAUACGUGUUCUGUACUGUAUUUAAGGCACUAUUUUUAGAAGAUGUAUUUUUAUUCAGUAGUAAUAUUAAUAUAAUGAGCAGAUUUUUCGAGAGAUUUCAGUUUUAUUCCUUCCCAUAAAAAGGUGUUCAUUUAGGUGAAAUUACGCUAUGCAAGGGAAACAUGACAGUAUAUAUUGCCAAGGACUAUACUUUAAAGGAAAGCGGCGGAGGUUUACGUUCCCGUGAUAUUUAUGUGGCAUGAGAUUGACAGAAGUAUUAAUAUUCCUUGUGAUUUACACCUAGUAUGCGAGCACCAGAUAACUGUUCAGCUCUAUAGCAUUCUGCAACCAUGGACCGUUAAGUAAAUUAUACUUAACAGAUUAUUUUCUAUUCCUUGUAAUUUAAGCCCAGUUGGUCUGUUUGUUGUGACCGUCCGUGUGUCAUGUAAUUGUGCUGGUAACAAUUUAAUGCAUAGUGUGUUCAACAUGUGUACUAACAUCCAAGUGCUGUCAUACUAAAUCUCCAAUAAGUGGGAGUUCUCUAUUCGUUUGUGGUAAUUUGGCAGUGAUUAUUUUACUAGCUAUUGUGCGUUUACUACAUUUGCAGAGGUGAAGAGUAUGGAUGUUUUAGAUGGUUUUCUAUAUGUGUAUAUAUGUGUAAAAAUGCAUGGAAAGAUGUUUUCAAUUUGUGUAGACAUUUGCUGCUACAGUACUUUGUACAGAAAAUGCUGCAGCAACAUCAUUUAGUUUUACCCCUUUACCACCAGGAGGGGAAUCGGGCCAAAGUUCCUACGUAAACCGGGAGUCGGCACUGUGCAAUCGGAAACAUUGCUUCGGCAAAAGCAUUUUAAAAAUUUGUUAAUUGACUUUUCUUUCUGUGUAUUGGCAAGUAAGACGAAGGAUAGUCCUAUAUUGUAACUGUGUAACACAGUGAAAUGAAUCCAGUAUUUGAAGCCUGUAGCGGUGCAGUAGUGAUAUUAUGUGUGUUCUCAUCCCAACAGGCAUUGCUUAACAGCGGACACAAUGACAAAUCUCUUUUUGUGUAUAUUCUCAUCAAACAUAACUGACAGAAAACAUCAUAAACUGACAAUUUAUUGUGGCAUGCUCAUAUGUGGGAUUCAUUAAUAUAUUACUUCUCUAUAACUUUAUAAACUGUUCGUGCCACAUUUUCGGCCACAGUUGGCUGCCUUAUUAAAAAGUGUUUCAAAUUCCUUUUCAUGUACCUUUAGUAAAUAGCCCAAGUAUGGGUUAUUAAAACAUAUUACUAAAUCAGAAUGAUGGCUUAUAAAAUUCGGCUUAAAGGGGGUUUCCACUCCUUUACCACCGAACAGCUUUUUAGCAGUAGCUCUGGAAGUUGGCAGGAGAACUGCACAGCUCUGUCCGUUGUGCAGUGGACCGGUUACUGCAAUGCUGCUCCCAUUCACUUCAAUGACUGGAGCUACUGCAGAACAGCUGAUUGAUAGCGGGUGGGCUGUCACACCCCACUGAUCAGCACAGGCCAUCCCUAUCUGAAGUCUAAUGUUCUAGCAAAUGUAUCUAAAUAUUAAGAGGCUAAGAUGAAUAAUACCAAUGCAGGACUUCUGUAGUUAUCUGGUCUUGAGUCCCUCUGCACAGCUGGAAGAUGCACCAUAGUUAUGUAGAGGUGCAGGCCGUGCGACAGACUUAAAUCUAUACCAGCUCCCUUACUGGUGUAGAUUUAAGCCAUU